AUGGAACCACUUACGGAUGCGGAGGCCGAUGAUUACCUCAAGCACCUCGGAGUCGUCCGUUCCGGCCAGGUGAACCGGGAGUACCUCGACGCCCUGAUCAGAGCCCACUUGGAGCGAGUGACUUUCGAAAACCUAGACGUCGUUCUCGGACGGAAUAUCCCACUGGGCCCCAAUGCCGUACUCAGCAAGGUGAUGCGGCGUCGUCGCGGCGGCUACUGCUUCGAACUGAACUCGCUCUUCGGUCGCCUGCUCAUGACGCUCGGCUACCAGGUAAAGCUUCGCGCCGCCCGAUUCCUUCUCAUGAUGCCGGACCAUUUGCAUGCCAAGACGCGCCUCUCACACAUGACGCUCUUGGUCGAACUACCGGACGGGGUUAGCUGCAUCGCGGACGUCGGCAUGGGCUUUGUUGGUGUUCACCGGGCCCUGCUUCUGCAAGGUGACGCGUCGCCGUGCCGUGUCCGCACAUCAAUUUCUGGAAGCGUGGAGAUAUCACUCCCCACGAAGAACGCUGGUUGGAAGGUUUUCUACCUCGUGGAGCCGUACGACCUUACCUGGCAGGACUUCGAGUCGAUCAAAUGGUACUUGUCGACUAAGCCGGAUUGCGCCCUACGACACAUGGUUGUGGUGGGACGCCGUUCCCCAGUGGACGGCUGCUGGCUGCAGCUCGUCGACGAUCGGUUCAUCCGCUGGUCUCCGGUUGACGGUAUCGUGGAAAAACGGGUGAUGCGAGAUGCGGACGAGAUUCUGGAAUUGCUGCAGACGACGUUUGCGUUGCGCCUGUGCCCAAAAGAUGACGUCGAGGCCUUGCGCUUUCGGCUUAGCGAAGUGCUACGUUCAUCGAAACUCGCUGAAAUUGCCUUGGAUGGGAUGAACUUAUGGCCGGAAUGA